GGGGGGUACACGUGGAGUGUAGCCGUUGGCUGCUCGUGGGCGGGCGUCACCGGUUGGGUGAAACGACGGUGCGUAAUGAUGGCUUUGGCUGCUGGGAGCCCGGAUCUCGGCCCAAGCCCGGAUCUGGGAGCCUAUAAAUACCCCAAGCCAAGGCCAUUCCUUCUUUACGCAUCCAACAUCCCUAGCGAAGCUCUGCAAAAAAUUCUAGAGAGAGAAACUCAAGCCUUCAGUCAAAACUCAGCUUUCAAGGUCAGUGUCCCGCUUUCCCCUCAAAACUUUUAGUAAGUUCCGCCCUCUGGCCUUAGAUUAGGGUUAGGGUCCUGUAGAAAUCCUUCGAAAUCUUAGGCACAUUUCGUGGUAAAAAAUGUCGUCCGAGAGCGAUUCCCAAAACAUAUCGGGGGACCCUUCGGUUGAUGAGGAGCACGUUUCUGAUGCGGAGUCCGUGAGCGAGCCCUCGGUCGGUGCUGAUGCUGCCCUGGCCCGGGAGGUCCAGAAGGAACUCAUUGCUGAGGUCGAAGCCGAGGGCUUCGAGCAAGAGUGCGAGGAUGAAGACCUAGCCCUCGCAUGGCAAGUAGCGGAGGAUGAGGCGCAGAAUGAGAGCACGAAGGUUACAAUUGCUGUCCCCCCCCCCCCCCCCCCCCCCCCCGGGGGGGGGGGGGGGGGGGGUUCUGGGGAAGCAAGUAGCUCGAGGCCGCUAGAUCCGAUACCUCUGAGGGUGGUCUCCGGGUUGAAGAAGAAGAAAGCGAAGGCCGUUACCAAGAAGAAGGAGAGGGCUGUCGAUCAAGGAAAGCCAGUGGACAUGCCCGAGGGGUACAGUUGGUUGAACACUGAGGCUCUCGAGAUUAGGUCGAAAGCCGAUAGGGCAGAUCUGUAUGUGACUCAGCUGCACGUGGGGCCCUCGGCCGAAGUGGUGGAGCCAGGUCCUGACGACGUGUUGUCCAGGGCGCCCGAGGGGUGUAUCGCCAUUCACGUCCUCUCGGUUUCUAUGGGACUUAGGUUCCCUCUGCACCCGUUCCUCCGGGAGUACCUGAGGUUUGUUGGUUUGGUCCCCUGCCAACUUACGCUCAACAACCACUCCUACAUUGCGGGGUUCCUCCAGCUCUGCAAGUCCCGAGGGGUGAAGCCCAGCCUGGAUCUAUUCUUCCAGAGCUUUAAUUUGUGCCGGGGGGGGUGGGGCACGAAAACGGCGAGGGAUACGCGAACCUGCAGCAGAUUGCCCGUUUCAAACUAUUCUCCGAUGCUCCUUCUUCAAACAAAGGAUGGAGGGAACGUUGGUGCUAUGUGAAGUUGGGCGAGAACCCAUUCCCGAGGGAGCUGCGCGAUCGAUUCCGAAGGCACGAAAAGAUCAGGAGUGCUGCCCUCGAGAAAGACGGCCUAAAGCUGGCCAAGUUCUCGGAAGGGAAAAAAAAGAAUGUGGCGAUCAGAGAUUGCACCCUCGAGGAGGAUUUAUACACCCUCGGGUUCCGGAGGUACCGCUUCAUAGGGGAGACCGAUGAGAAGUAUCCUCCCUUCAACAAGGCCUUCGGAGGAGCCGGAGGUAUCCCCGUGUCCAUGGUGAACGUGAAGGGCCUCGCUCGCCUGAAGAAACAGGACCCGAAGGGGUCGGGACAGGGCAACCAGAAGCCCGCCACUGCCCUCUUCAAGAAAGCCGAGGGCGAUGCCGCUGCCAGCAAGAGGAAGGUGGCGACCAAGGGGUCCCCCCGGCUACCAAAAAGCCGAAGAAGGGGGAUAUCACCGAUAGGGAGCCCCCGGUCAUGAUUGUUGAUGAGCACCCCGCCUCCGGGGUGCAGGUGGAGAAGCCGUCGGGUGGAACGUCGGCGGGGGCAGAGGAGUUGCUGCUUGAGGUCCUCCAAGUUUCGUUUCCGAGGGGUACAUCUCUGGCCAGCGGCGCUGUCGACCCGGGGGCCAUCUUGAGGGGCAUAACCCCUGAGACGGAUAGGGCUGCCCUCGGGGCUUAUAAUGAUGCGGCCCUCGAGGACCACAUUCUCCGCUCCUCCCUCUCUGCUUGUCUAGCCCUCGGCGAACAGGCCCGGAGGCUUCAAGAAUGGCGCCUUCACAAAGCGGAGCAGGAUGUCAAAAUGAGGGAGUGUAUCCUCAAGAACAAAGAGGCGGUGAAGCUGGGGGCCAGGCUAGAAGAGGAGCUUCGGCAGAUGAACCUAAAAUUGGAGGCUGCAGAAAAGGGCAAGGCUGAUGCUGAGGCCGCUGCUGAGGAGGCCAGGAGAGCUGCCAAAGAGGCCGAGGAUUCCAAAGCGUUAGCCAUCGCCAAGGCUCAGGAGGAGGCCGUUGACGCCUUCGUCGCCGAGGGUUGGAGAGCCGAGGGGCGCAAGAUGUGGGUGUCCUCGGUCGUGGAGGCAUGCGUUGAUGAAUGGGCCGAGGGCCCUGGGUGGGAAUGGAUGGCCCGGAAGGGCAGAGAAUAUUAUGAGGCCGACGAAUUCUUCACCCAGGCCCUCAUCUAUCGGAGGAUGGCCCGGCACUUGGGUAUUGAGCCAAAGGAUUUCGCCCCCUCGGCAUAUGGCCUCCCUCCCCUGCAGCCUGAUGUCCGUGAAUCCCUCCCCGAAGGUGUACAACGGCCCGACCUUGAGGACACAGAGCUGAAGAAAGAGGCCGAGGACGACGCUGUUGAGGCCGGAGCGGAGGUAUCGUCGAGGCCGGCUGCAGAGGACACCCCGGGGAAUGAUGCUGUCGAAGUUGUUGAGUGAUUUUAUACUUAGGAAUGUCUGAACAUAUUUUGUAAUGAACAACAUUGAUCCUUCGACUUCGGCCUGUUUGUAAUUUUACACUCACUUCUGUUUUUGAUGAAUGCAUGCUGCCUCCGGGCUCUUCACAUUUGAAUGCGCCCUAUGUUUUGAAUGUAUGCCUUCUCCUUUUUGAGUGUAUGUCUUCUCCUUUUUGAAUGUAUGCCUAGGACUUAGAAUAUUUUCUAAGUGUUUGAAUAUGGUUGUAGCCUUCGGUAGUUGGGCACCCUAUGCUGGAUAUACAACCGAGG